AUGUUUCUUUCAGAUGUGAAGAGUGAUUCAUGUUUGGAUAUAGAAAUAACGUCCUCAACAUCAAAAGAGCGACUGACAGCACAAACUCUUUCCUGCAUCACCUGUGGAAAGACAUUCAGCUCACAGAGACAUUUAGAGAGACAUGAGAGAAAACACACAGAAGAGAAACUCUUCAACAGAUCUGAGAUCAGCUUUACUACCUUACAAGAGAAGAAACUUCAUUCAGAAGACCACAGCGAGAAGAAGAAGAAGAGAAAGCAGUUUCACUGUGAGCAGUGUGGGAGGAUUUGUGUCUCUUCCUCUAAACUAAAUCUUCACACGAGGACACACAGUGAUGAAAAGCCUUUCAACUGCACUGAAUGUGGAAAAGACUUCAGAACCAAAGCCAAUCUUAAAAUUCAUCUGAGAGUUCAUACAGGAGAGAAACCUUAUGGGUGUCCUCACUGUGAGAAGAGAUUUAGCUGUAAACAUAGUCUGAAGACACAUGUGCUUUUACACACCAAUGAGAGACCGUAUCAGUGCAGUGAAUGUGACAAAACCUUUAUGGAUUCAAGUUCAUUAAAAAUACACCAGAAUAUUCACUUUAAAGAGAAACUCUAUCAGUGUUUACACUGUGAUAGAUGUUUCUGCCAUAAAUAUAAUCUGAUAGUCCAUGAGAGAGUUCACACUGGAGAAAAACCUUACAAAUGCUCUCAGUGUGACAAGACUUUUGCUGCUUCAAGUCACUUCAAAGUCCAUCAGAGGACUCACACUGGAGAGAAACCUUACGUCUGCGCUCACUGUGGAAAGAGCUUCUCCAAUUCAACUCAAUUAAAAGAUCAUCAAAGAGUUCACACUGGAGAGAAACCUCAUCACUGUAGUGUCUGUGGAAAGAGCUUCUCUAGGUCAUCUCAAUUAAGAGCUCAUCAAAGACUUCACACUGGAGAGAAACCUCAUCACUGUAGUGUCUGUGAAAAGAGCUUCUCUAGGUCAACUCAAUUAAGAGAUCAUCAGAGGGUUCACACUGGAGAGAAACCUUAUCACUGUAGUCUCUGUGGAAAGAGCUUUUCUAAUUUAUCUCAAUUAAGAGUUCAUCAAAGAGUUCAUACUGGAGAGAAACCUCAUCACUGUAGUGUCUGUGGGAAGAGCUUCUCUAGUUCAUCUCAAUUAAGAGUUCAUCAAAGAGUUCACACUGGAGAGAAACCUUAUCACUGUAGUGUCUGUGGAAAGAGCUUCUCUAGGUCAACUCAAUUAAGAGCUCAUCAGAGGGUUCACACUGGAGAGAAACCUUAUCACUGUAGUGUCUGUGGGAAGAGUGUUAGUCACCAGUCAAACUUACUAAGGCACCAGAGAGUUCAUACAGGUGAAAAACCGUACAAAUGCUCUCAGUGUGGCAAGACGUUUGCUUCUUCAGGUGACUUCAAAGCCCAUCAGAGGGUUCAUACUGGAGAGAAAGUUUAACUCUUUCCCGAACUUUAACUCUUUCCCCACCAGCAUUUUAAAAAAAGUCGCCAGCCAUUUUUCAUGAUUUUCACAAAAGUUAAAUGUGGGCAAUACUUCUGAGUUGUAUAAGUUGCGAAAGAGCACCAAUUGGUGGAUAAUAGCGGUAUUGUGGAAAGUCGGAAUUACUUGUCAUUGGCAUAUGGAGCUAGAAGAGUCUCAAUAAAGAUAAAUGCACACACUACAUUCACAUAUGCACACACAGGAUUCAUAAAUACACAUGCAGGAUACACAAAUGCACACAAAAUUCACAAAUGCACACACAAAAUUUAAGAAGCACAGAAGAUUCACAAAUGCACACAAAAUUCAGAAAUGCACACAAAAUUCAUAAAUACACAACCAAUUCAGAAAUGCAAACAACAUUUACAAAUGCACUCAAGAUUCACAAAUGCACAGGACAAGAUUCAGAAAUGUAUUUCUGAUGCACACACAAAUAUAUCUUGAUUUACAAACUGUUUUUGGUCUGUGAACUUUACUGCAUUUGUGUGUGAAUUUUGAGACUCCCCUGACUUGGCUCGACACACAAAUGCCUUUUUUUAAACAGGGAAUGAUCUGCAACCAAUCAGAUAUCUCCUCCUUGUUUUAGCCAGUCACAAUCUUUUUCGGUUUUAUUGGCGGUUGGCAAACCAGCUUAAAGGUCAUGUGAUUGGCUUAUAAGGGCGCACUCACAUUAUCCAAACCAAACCGCGCUCGGAUUGUUUAAUCGUGCCACGGCCGGGUUGCAGAGGUGGGCCGGAGCGCGGUUCACUUGGGCUCAGGCGCGGAAGGCUGUGGUGAAGAGGUGAAGACGUCAGUUGCGCGACCACUCACCUUCAUCUGCAUCCGUAAAAACCUUUUGAUGCGCGCAGCGGGGUUACGUGAAUGUCCGAGCUGCGCACGUGACAGAUCAACUUAGCAAUAUGAUGACAUGUGAGAGGGCUGUCUGUAAUCGCGCACCAAACGACUCCGAAUGAAAAACACAGACAUAUCAUUACGGUGGGUUCCAGUGUUAAGAGAGCGCUUUACUUCCUGCUUUUUCAAAACAAUCGCAUCUUAAUGACGAAAGCGCGCCCGGACUCGGAUCGAUAAGAAGUACAGUGUGAGUGCGUGCACCUGGGGGAGUUGGGAGGGGUGGCAAUCGCGCCCAGGCAUGGUUUGGUUUGGUUGGGAUAAUGUGAGUGCGCCCUAAGUAAACAAUCCCCCAUGUGGGGUGCGUUCUUGUGAUUGGCUAAAACAAGGGGGAGAUAUCUGAUUGGUUGCAGAUCAUUGACAGGGCACAUAUGGGGAAAAUCUAAUAACAAAUAAAGAAAUUACAAACAUUUAUAAAAAAAAGAACAAAGCUGCACAUUAAUAAGGGCUAACAUUAGCAUUAGGUACAGAAAUGGAAUUAAAUGAGUCAUAACACUGUCUUUAUUGUAUAAAUUAAAUAUAUUAUUAUUUUUAGAGCUAUUUGUCUCUUUGUAAGACUUAAGUAGGUUAAUUGAGGUUACUGUCUCUUUAAAUAAGCACAGACUGGUUUAUGACUGUAAUCUAUGCAUACACUUAAGACAUAAACAAAUGUUUUUAUUAGAAAAAGAAUACUUUGGAGAUCAUUUUGUUUAUAUGUGCCCUGUCAAUAACAGAAAGAUUUUACGUUCGCUUGUUUGCGUCUCACUCGUGUGUGCACUAUUGAGGGCACUUAAACACGCGCGCACACAGAGAACGAAGGCGAAUCCCAAACAGCGCAGCAUAAAAACGUUACGUUAUUGCUUUAUUCGGCACAUUUAUGUUAAUGGACUAUACAGUAUGAGACACAUUUGCGCGACUCUCUCUAAAGUUUACACAUCAAGAGUUCUGAUCUUUGAAGGGCGAACUCACUGUGAUGAUCACGUCUGGACCGGACACAACCGCAUGUGCCUCUGUGCGUACUUUAGCACCUUUUUGCGUUUAAAUACAUCCACGCCGCAUACAUGUUGCUUCAGACAAGCACGUGCAGGUCGCGGUUUCUGUUUGCGUCAUCACAACAUUUCGGCCGUAUUGUUUCGGUGAUAAAAGUCUUUCGGUGGCCGAAUAUUCGGUGCAUCCCUAGUGUAAUCCAUACGUCGGUUUCUUUGUUCUAUGUGUCGUUCAGCGUUCUCACGUUGUGGUUAGCUACGGAGAAAUAUUUGUUCUUGGAUUUUCCAGUCUUAGCAUACUUGUCAGUGGCUGGCAGAUUGGUUGAACAACCACCUUGAUUUCCAAGGUCUCCUUGUAUUGCCUUACCCUUUCCUCAAAGUCUUUCAACGGUUAAACCCCUUACUUGCCUUUUGAGGUAAGAGUGUUAUUGCUGCGUCCCAAUAACACUUUGAUAGUUUCACUAGUUUGGUCCCCAUAGCCAUAUUGAUCUAAGAUCAUCUAAGAUCUUCUGGUAGGACACAUCCAUCCAUCUAGGUAGGAUAUCCCUCUAGUCCCUAUCGGGUCAGUUUAACGUCUUGACCAGGACGUGCUUUCAGCGCCUAGCAGCUUGUUUUUGUUUAGGAUAAGGUUAUAAAGGAGCAUGUGACGCCCCAUUCUAUGCUGGUGAGUGAUCUCAGCUUCAGAGUGGAUAUUUUAAAAGCUCCCUGAUCUCUAAAUUUCUCAUCGUGAUUGUUAAUGUGCAUUUAAAAACCCUGUUUUGAGGAGCUAAACGAUAUAUCUUGUUGCGAUGACGCACAGGGAUUUUUGUUUAUUAUAAGCUCAUAUGAGCAUGUGACACAAUAUUCUUUUUUGCUGCUGAAUGAUCUCUGCUUCAGCGCUAAUAGUGACGAGCUAACUUGCAUGAUAUUAGCUUCAGUCGAGUUUGCUGUCAUUUCUCAUGAAUAUUGAUCUGCAUGUAAAUCUCUUGUUUUAAAGAGCUGAAUCAUAACUUAAUUGUUGUGAUGACACGCGCGUCCUCACUACAACACGCCCAUUACGGCAUUGUGUUUGUGUCUUUUCAUACUGAGGGUUUUCCGGGCAUCUUACGGCAAUGUUACUAGGUCUUCUUUCCAAGAACGAUAGAAGAUUUACGGACAUGUUUACAUUCACACAGAAGCUUGUCUGCCAAUUGUAUGGGUAUUUUCUGUGACCAGAGUGCUGUGUGGAUGUAUGUGUGUGGUUGUUUAAUUUUCAGGCAGCAAGCCAACAUACUGUAACUAUAUACAAUAGUGUUGUUUUUCAUAUUUUAUUGAUACAUUUAUCAUUUUUGUAUCACAUUUAUCUCUUUUAUAAACUCUUUUGUAAUGUGUCAAACUCAUUAAUUUUAUGUUGUGUGCUAUGUAAUUUUAAUAAAAUAAGAAUUUAAGAAUUGG